CUCAUCACCAAUAUGCCCAAAGAUCCUCUUCUCAAAGGUCUAGGAGAUGUCUUGGGGGAGAUUUCUCUAGACUCCAUCCAGCCUAGAGAUGACCUUGCUACCACAAAGGUCGAUCUAGCGACAUUAACGUCGUACAAUCUACUACCAAAGUACCGAAGAACAAUCAUUGUGCCUGGCUCCCCUUCCAUCUGGAAGCCCCCAAUUACACCAAGCAGUAUCAAGCCAGAUUCAAGAGUAUCGCCGAUGGACCCGAAUCGACAUGUGUUCCUUAAAUGUCCUCUCGAGCCGCUCUUCAGAGCCUUUAUCUCUCACACAACCCGGGAUGAAAAUGAAUGACAUCGACCUUGUCUCGGAUCAACGCAAUCUCCGGGUCUUGCUGGGUUUCGUGAGUGGUAAGAAGAGUUCAUUCCGCAUCGAUGUGGAGGUCGUCAACGACACAGUGUUGUUUUAUUGCUGGACGCCGAAAGCACUCACAAAUAUCAACGGGUUUGCGGGAUAUGGACAUGAAUUUGAAAAGGCAUCUACCUGCCGACCAAGGGGUGUCAGGAAUAGCAUGACCCAUAAUCGGGCCAUUCGCUAUAUGCUCGGGGACGUUAAGAUCAUUCUGCGAUAUGAAGUCGACGGAUGCACCGGUUUUGACGAUGACAUUCGCAGGGGAAUGCCUGCGCCGAGAAGCAACAAGACCCCAACGGGAUAUACAAUAUUAAAAUGGGGGAAUUUGGUCGCUCCGUCUCGGAUUAUCGAGAUCAAAACUGGAGCAGUUGGAAAGAACCUAGAUGUCUCCAAGAACACAGAACAGCUUUGGUUUUCGCAGACGCCUAUUCUCUGUGCCGGACAUUAUGAUGAGACUGGGAUGUUUACGAGCAUUACAAAAAGGAAUAUCUUAAGGAUGGGAAAGCUUAAGGAAUGGGAGGAGAGCCAUCAAGAACAGCUGAAGAAGCUUGCAGCUCUGCUUCGGGUUAUUGUCGAGCUGGCUCGGACGGCAACCUGGAAGAAAUGCGCGUUAGUUUCAUCACAAGGCAUGUUGAAGAUCUUCAGCUUGGUAGAUCAGAAUGACAAAGGACUACCCGUCGACUUGCAGUCUAUGUGGGAGUAAUCGGGAAAACAACGAAUUACUCUAGACGGAGUCAGUGGUCUUUCACUCGAUGCAUAGGUCUCGUGGUAGAAGCAAAUGUGGACUUCGUGUGGGCUUAUGCGAGCAAUGGGACCUGCGGUGAUAGGUUAAUUGAACACUCCAAGAUUUUACUGGUCCCUCUUCGUGAAACGAGAAACAUACCGUAUACUCGGUGCAUACGCCCAAUCUCAGACCGGAACUUCCCGCCGCGGAUACAGUUAUAGUAGAACUCAUAGGAAUAGGUUAUGGCGGCUAGCUUGGGAUGUGUCGGAGAGGGUGGAAAUAAAGACGGUAUAUACUCUGGAGGAUCAGAUAGACCCCUAGCAAAGACAGCGCUAGCUUACCAUAGUGGAUGUCCAUUUUUUUGCUCUUGGACAGGGGAAGUUAGAGGAAUUGGUAAUAUGUAGCGUUGGGUUGAUUUGACUUGAUACUUCAUAAUCUCGUCGACUGUCC